GGUCUUUGUGCAUUACUCGUUUAGGUGAUUAUUACAUGGUGAAGAAACUUUUGGAAGAGAAUUGCGCUGGUGAUAUGAACAUAAAUUGUGUAGAUGUCCUAGGAAGAAAUGCUGUUACUAUAACUAUUGAAAAUGAGAAUCUAGAUAUACUACAGCUUCUUCUGGACUAUGGUUGCCAGUCCACAGAUGCACUUUUGGUGGCGAUUGACUCAGAAGUUGUGGGAGCUGUGGAUAUACUACUUAAUCAUCGACCAAAACGAACCAGUAGACCAACAAUUGUUAAAUUAAUGGAACGUAUUCAAAAUCCAGAAUACUCAACAACCAUGGAUGUGGCACCUGUUAUUUUAGCGGCUCACCGUAAUAACUAUGAAAUCCUUACUAUGCUGUUAAAACAGGAUGUGUCGUUACCAAAACCACAUGCUGUGGGCUGUGAAUGCACGCUGUGUACAGCCAAGAACAAAAAAGAUAGCUUACGGCACUCCAGAUUCCGUCUUGAUAUUUAUCGAUGUUUGGCCAGUCCUGCCUUGAUAAUGCUGACAGAAGAGGAUCCAAUUUUGAGAGCUUUUGAACUUAGUGCGGAUUUAAGAGAACUAAGUCUCGUAGAAGUUGAAUUCAGAAAUGAUUACGAUGAGUUAGCCCAGCAAUGUAAAACAUUUGCUAAAGAUUUGCUUGCCCAAGCACGGAAUUCUCGGGAACUUGAAGUUAUUCUAAACCAUACGGCAAGUGAUGAGCAUGUGGAUAAAAGGGGACUGUUAGAAGAAAGAAUGAACUUGAGUCGGUUAAAGCUUGCUAUUAGGUAUAAUCAAAAGGAGUUCGUUUCUCAGUCUAAUUGCCAACAAUUUCUCAAUACUGUUUGGUUUGGACAAAUGGCUGGUUACCGUCGCAAACACACAUUCAAGAAGAUUUUGACUGUCUUAACGGUUGGCCUCUUUUGGCCACUGCUAUCUUUUUGUUAUUUAUUGGCCCCCAAAUCUCGAAUAGGCCGAAUAAUUCACACUCCUUUUAUGAAGUUCAUUAUUCAUGGAGCAUCAUAUUUCACUUUUCUGCUGUUACUUAACUUGUACUCGGUUGUCUACAAUGAAGAUAAAAAAAACACAAUGGGGCCAGCUUUGGAGAGAAUAGACUACCUUUUAAUACUCUGGCUCAUUGGAAUGGUAUGGUCAGAUGUUAAAAGACUCUGGUAUGAGGGCUUAGAAGACUUUUUGGAUGAAUCCCGAAAUCAGCUUAGUUUUGUCAUGAAUUCACUCUAUUUUGCAACUUUUGCCCUGAAAGUUGUUGCACAUAACAAGGUAAGCAUCAAUGCUGUAGAUUGUUGACACAAGUGUAAAAUC